UCUCUGGUUGGCUGCCUUCCUUUCGCGCAUGUUAUUGGAUCGCAGAGAGACACGGGAUUGGCUGAGACCAGGUGGUCCAACAUACUGUCAUCUUCAUCCCCGUCACAAUUACCUCGUUGGUUUAACUUGGUCCCAAAAAGUUGCCACCCAUACAUGGAGUUGGCACGGUUAGAUAAGCCCAUUGGAACAUGGUUGGUUUAUCUCCCUAGCACAUGGAGCAUCGCUCUUGCUGCCAACCCAGGAUGCCUACCUGAUUUCGGCAUGCUUGCAUUAUUUGGGGUCGGCGCUUUGUUUAUGCGUGGAGCGGGAUGUACAAUCAACGACAUGAUGGACCGCGACAUUGACGCUGGUGUUUAUCGAACGAAGGACCGUCCUAUUGCAAGGGGGGCAGUGUCAAUGCUCAAUGCCCUAAAGUUCUUGGGCUUUCAGCUGUCCGGUGCCCUUUUGGUUCUCCUACAGCUAAACCCAGAAAGUAUAUUCAUUGGAUCUUGUUGUCUGGGUUUAGUUUUCACGUAUCCACUCUUUAAGAGGUUUACUUACUGGCCGCAACUAAUGUUAGGCGCAACCCUUAACUGGGGAGCUUUACUAGGAUAUACUGCCGCGAAUUCUUUUACAUUUUCAAUUUGUGUGCCGUUGUAUUUGGCGGGUGUGUGUCAGACUGUACUUUACGACUCGAUCUAUUCAUUCCAAGUGAGCUACCGAUGUUUACGCUUAUCCCAAUUUGUUGCGCGAAUUACCUUCAACUGGGGCAUUUUGAUUGGUUUUACGGCUAUUACUGGUUCUUGUCCCCCUUCUAUCUGCAUCCCCUUGUAUUUGUCUGCUAUCUCGUGGUCACUCAAUUACGACACUGUGUAUGCACACCAGGACAUGAAAUACGAUAAGCAGCUAGGUAUGAAAUCAACCGCUAUUUUGUUUGGUGAUUCCACAAAGACGUGGCUCUAUGGAUUUGCGGCAAGCAUGUGUACUUGCCUUGCUAUCACGGGAAUAACAUCAAGUUCGGGAUUGACCUAUUUCGUAGGUACCGGACUCACGAUGCUUCGGCUUAUAUGGAAGACGGACCUUCGUAAUCCUCAGAGUUGCUUCUCAUACUUUAAGUCGAAUCGAGACAUUGGCCUCCUCUUAUUUGGUUCAAUCGUACUUGAUCGCUUCUUGCAGUCACCUGUUUGA